CUUAAUAUCAGUAUUUAUUUAUAUAUAUUUGUAAUGAGUUAGCUUGUUAAAAAUAUUUUAUUUAAAUAUUGUAUUUGCCUUCAUAAAGAAGUAACUUGUGCUAACUUUUACGAAUUAUUUCUAAUGAAUAUUUACACAGAUUAUUCACAAAAAUGCCCAGAUUGCCGCAAAAGUUUUUAUUCUGCUACAUCCUUAUUAGUUCAUUUUUUUAGUCAUGUCAGUGAAAAACAGGUUGGAAAUACUAUUAAUAAUGAAAAUAGUUCUGUUCAUAGUAAAAAAACUGAAGAUAAUAGAAAUAAUGGAUCUUCCAAACUAUUAAAUUUUACAAAAGAUGAAACUUUUAAUCCUUGGAAAUAUUGUCUGGCCACUUAUGAAGAAAAUAUUGAUAACUCAAUAAAACCACUUAAAAAAAUUAAAGUACAUAAGAAAAAAAAAGAAAAAGAUAAGACUUUUGAAUGUAGUUUAUGCAAAAAAAAAUUUGGAUGGCCAACUGACCUUAAAAGGCAUUUAUUAAUACACACAGGAGAAAGGCCAUUUAAAUGUAACUCAUGUCAAGCAGCAUUUACAAGAAAUUUUUUACUUCAAAAACAUUUUGUUCGGGCUCAUAAAAGGGUAUCUGAAGAUGAAUCCAAAAAAUUAGAUAACCAUGUACAUGCCAAUGUUGCUGAAAUAAAAUUAAAAAUGAAGGAACUAGAGUGCCAAAAGGAACAUAGUAAGUCUGUUCCUGACAGUAAUGAUCAUUAACAGUUUUUUGAUUUAUAUGAACUAUUUCUCCUCUAUAACUAUGAUUGUUACCAAAAAACUUAUUCAUAGUACAAAUACUAAAGGAACUACUUAUUUUUAGUAGUAUUAUCAGUCACUAUAUUUUUCCUAGAAAAUUGAAUUAAUGUGAUAAAAUUAAAUUUAUUAACUAAAAGUAAUUUUGUUGUAAAAUUUGCCCAUACUUAUUUCAAAUUUGUGAAAGUAAUUUUGAAAGUAGUGAUGUAACUUAAUUGUCUUAAAUGUCAAGUUGAUCACUUGUCAUGGUUCAUAGCUAUUGUAGUCUGUAAACUAUAAUGGCUAGUUGAAAUGAUUAAA